GGUUUUGGGGACGCUAGUGGGAGAGCCUUAAAAGAGGUCACAGAGGAUGCGGGAAGAGGUCAAGGGAUUGGGAUAGUCUGCGGGGGUGAUGAGUACCUUCGGUAGCAGAAACGAGCUGACACAAGACAGGUGAUGGAGCGAAAUGGGCGUCCCCGGCCCCGCCUUCAAUCGCAGAACACAGCCACGCCUCUUGGCCUCUCUUCUCUGGCUCCACCCAGAGCCAAGCUCUACCUGGACCCUCCCAGCGGACCAACCCACUAGCCACACCCACAAGGCAACCACGCUCCAGCCUGACCACGCCCCCGUUGCCCAGGUCUGGCUCUGGCUAGCUGGGCGCUUAGAGUCAAGAAAGGACGCGCCACCCCAGCUGUCCGCCGACCCCCAGUCCCGGCCCCCGCGCCCAUGGCCGCACCCGGACCCCGCGCCUUGCGUGCUGCACUCUGCGGCGGUUGUUGUUGCCUCCUCCUGUGUGCCCAGCUGGUUCUAGCUGGUAAAGGAGCUCGUGGCUUUGGGCGGGGAGCCCUGCUCCACCUGAACAUCUGGCCUACUGCCCAUGGGGGCUGCAAACACUUGGGACACUGUGAACGCUGUGUGGACAGAGCCCACAACUCCUCCAUUUGUGUCUGGCAACAAUGUGGACCAGAGGAGCCAGGACACUGUGUGGCCCACACUGAGGUGGUCAAAGAGGGUUGCUCUGUCUAUAACCACUCAGAGUCAUGCCCAGCUUCCCACCAUCAUUCCACCGAGGAACCGAAGACAAGUACGACAGGGAGUCCCCCCAUCCCUGAAGACCACAGCCCAGGUUUCGAUGGAGCCAGCUUUAUCGGGGGCAUUGUGCUGGUACUGAGCCUGCAGGCGACAGCUUUCUUUGUGCUACGCUUCCUCAAGGCCAAGGACAGCACUUACCAGACGCUAAUCUGACCCCAGUGGUCCUGGCUCCACCUUGAAAGGACAGAGGACUCAGAGGCUACCCUCUUGGUUGCCUUAUGGGCACUGGGGGGUGGGACAAACUUUGGCCACCAGUUUCUGGUUCCUGUAGGCACAGGGCAUCAAGCAGGUUUAGCGCUGAUGACUGACUGACAUGUCCUCUCCUGGGCCUGGCACCUGCAGCUGAAAGGCUCCUUCAACCACCUCACGACUCAUCCAGAAGAUGCUGCCUCCUCCCACCAACCCACUCUGGGGUCCACCCUCAAAUAAAGGACACGUUUCCACCCCA